AUGGUGAAGAGCACAGAGCGCGUCUGCCACUACGAGACCUUAGGCCUCGAACCAAAUUGCUCAGAAAAAGAAAUCAAGGCUGCUCACAGGAAACUAAUCCUCACGUACCAUUGGGACAAAUGUAGAUCAUCCCAAUGCGGCUUGUCCCAAGAAGAAGCCACUGCCAAAUUUUUAGAGGUCCAACAAGCCUACGAAAUCCUUAUGGAUCCCAUAAAGCGAGAAACCUAUAACGCCUACCGCCAGACCUACGCUGUCCCUGAAGUUUUCAACCCCGACCUCGAAGUACCCUUUGACAACAUCGUCUUCAACGGCUACUCCAGCUCCAGCCGCAACUUCUACAAUGCCUACUCUGACAUUUUUCAAAGGAUUUACGCCAACGAGCGCGCUUUUCAAAAGAAGAACGACCUGCCGUGGAAUUCGGUUCACAAGCCUCCAGACAUGGGCAAUCUCGACACCCCUUAUCCUGAGGUUGUUCAAUUUUACAACUACUGGCUCAACUUUAGUUCCAUAAUGGAUUUCUGCUGGGAGGAUCCACAUGAUGAGUAUGAUCUAAGUCAGAUCUCCCGCAAAGGGGUGAAGGAAUGGUCCCGCAUAAACAUGAAGGCGAGGAAGAAAGCAAAGAAGGAAUACAACAAUAAGGUGAGGAGUUUGGCACAAACUGCGAAAAGGCUCGACAGGAGGGUCAUGCAGAUGGUAGCGAAGAGGGAGGUGGAGAGAAAGAGGGAGAUAGAGGAGGAGAGGGAGAGGAGGAAGCGGUUGAAGAAACAGAAGUUGGUGAAGGCUAUAGAGAAGGUGUAUAGGAGUGAGCGGCAGUGCAGGAAUCAUGAGCAAUCAAAAAAGCAUCUCCGCAUGGUUGCAAAGUUAAUGGAGUUGUUGGAGGAAAAACCAGAUGAAGAAGAGGUUUUGGAGGAAGCAAAAAGGAAUGAGGUGGUUGGAGGGAGUGAUGGCGAAGAGGAGUUUGUUGAUGGUGUUAAUGAUAAUCAGAGGGAAAAGCUUAGUGAAACAGGUGAAGUUGAUGAUGAGGAAGUGGAGGAGGAUGAGAUGGGUGUUCUUGAAGCAAUGGUGGCAAGGCGAAAGACGAUGGAAGAGGUUGGUGAAGAUAUUCUUGAAUCAAUAUUGGUUGAACCCAUGGCGAGUAGUAGUCAAGAGGUGAAGAAUGCAGACGAGGUGGCUAUGGAGCAUGACAAGCUAAAGAACGCCAAUAAGAAUGAAGGAGAAAGGAAACCAAGGAGAAGAAGAGCCAAGAGUACUAGAACUGACGAACGUGAUGGUUCAAAUAAUAUGAAGGAAUCCAAACCUGAUUUUAGUGCAGAAAAAGGAUAUGAUGAGGAUCAGAUCAAUAAAAGGAAGGGUGGAGAGAGGAAAGAGAGGAGCGGUAAGAAGAGUAACGGUAAAGGAGAUAUUGAGCAGAAGAAAAUGAGGAGUGGAGGAAGGAGUGAAGAGAAGAAGGGUAAGAAGAGAAAUGGUGGAGAAAGAAGAAUUAAUGAACAUGUCUCCGACUCGAAACCGAGAGCAGCGACCCGAUCCCCUAACCCGACCGGCGCUCCACCGUCAGGCCACCUCCGGCCGGCGAAUGAGCACCACCCUCUUCGUCUCGCUGUCGCCUACGCUCCUGUGGCCUCGGAUCAUACAUGCAGCGACUGUGAACGGAGAAUCAAUGAUCCAAAGCUUGAAGAACCUCCGGCGACUCCGGCCACCGUUUGGGGUGCAUGUGGUAUGAAAAUCACUCCUCUCAUCAUGUUCUACACGUUGGUGUACUAUGUUUUCGAAUUAGAUGAAGUUCUGAUGAUUUUCGGCUCCGGCACGGUUCUCCGACAUUGGUGGUUUUCCGGCACUUCUUGGCUAGGUUUCUGGUUAGACUGCAUCUAUAGGCGAGGACUGACCUUGACUGAAGUUGAAGUCUGGAAAUUUCGAGUUGGUGACUGUCAGAUCGUACUUGAUCACUAG